AUGGAUAUUCUGUCUGAUUCUGUGCCUUUGUCGUUGCGACAACGUCCCAGCCCUCAAGGCGUCCCACGCGGUGAGGUGGAUGCGGCGACACACGUGCCAGCAGGAGUGGCGCCAGUGGUGCCAGCAGCGGAAGCCAGGACCAAUGACACACUGCCAGAAGGCCUCGUUGAUGAGGGCCUGGCCGAGGUUUUCGCAGGGAUGGAUGAAAAAGAGCGGGAAGCUUUUGCAACAAUCGUCAAAGAACAAGACGAGCUUGCGCAGCAAAAGGCGGCAUCAGAAAGGGCAUUGCAACGACAGGAGUUGUCUCUGAAAGAGAGAGAAGAAGCUUUCGAGGACGAGCUCAAGGGCUUACGGCAGGAAGCCAGCAAAGCCGAAAGCAGGCUCAGAAAGAAAGCCGAGGAAGACAUUCAACGUAAAGAGGAAGCUCAUCAGGCAGCUCUGAUCGCCGAAAGAGAGAAGCUGGCAAGCGACCGGUACAAGCUGCGGACGCGGUUCAUGGGCGAGCAGCUGGUGCUCGAAGCGCGGAAGCUCAAAGAUGAGUUGCUCCGGCACAAGCGCACGAGGCCACUGCGUGCGGAGGCGGUCAAGGUUCUUUGGCGGACGCAGGAUGACGUGCGCCGUGUGCUGAGUGGCAAGCAGCUGUUGCAGCGCAGAUCCACUGGGGCUAUGCUGCAGUCCGAAACUCUAUGCGCCUUUGCAAUAGGCAGUGUUCGCGAGUGGCUGUUUCGAUCUCGGGAAUGGAUGGAAGCCAGUUCAUUUGCACCGAGUGGCAAGAGUAUUGAGACAGCAUCAAGUCUUGCUCAACGAUCUGAGCCACAAUUGAAGGCUGAGUUGGCGGCAGCCAUGGACACGAUUGCAUCCUUCAAAGCUCGAGCGAAGGAUCUUUCAAAUCGGAUGCAUCCAGAAGGCGACUUGUCCUCUGUCAGGUCGGAGCCCAGGUCUCUCAAGGUGGCCGAGGGGCUGAAUAUCGAAAACGAACAAGCCCAGGGUGUCCGGCGAGCUGUGGCAGCGCGCCUGCAGGAUGCGGAGGCGAAGCUCGACCAAUUGGCGGAGGAGGACAUCGGCGUCGACUUUCUUAUGCGUUGGUCAGAGCAGAUCAGCGCGGUUGGCCUCAAGGGCAUGCAGACACAGCGGCAAUCGAAGGAGCUGUCGGAGCGGAUUGAGGCCGCUCUCAAGACCGAGGCCACAAAAUAUCGAACUGUCGCACAGGCUGCAUAUGCUGAGAUCGCAGUUACUUGCUGGAACAUUGGGGGCAUUGUGAACCAGCUGUCGGCUGCAAACACAUUCGUCGGAGAUACCAAGGCCGAUAGGGAGGCGGACGAGUCCCUGAAGCGAGCCCAAGAAGCACGCAAGCGAGAAGAAGCACGUGAGGCAAAGCGCAAGCAAGAGCUGGAUGAAAAGAUCCGAAGAGAGCAGGAGAAGGCCAUGCGGGAGAAGGAAAAGCUUGUUCCGCUGAAGCUCCGAAUGACUGGACUCAGGCCUUCCAAACCUCGCUUGAACCGCAUGGUGUCACGGCAUGAGAUGUUGUGUGAUGUGGUCUCGUUGUUUGGCUGUGCUGCCGUGAAAUUUGGGCACCUGGCAGAGCAGAAGGUGGCAAAAGCAUUGGACCUCAAGGGCUCGCAGGUCCGCGUGACAGGCAUCCGCUGA